AUGUCGGGUCCAUUGGAGGGCAUCAUUGUCCUCAGUGCCGACGGUCGGCCGGUUGUUCAUUCGCACUUUGCCAACCGUAUCCCUUCCUACCCGCUCCUCCACUCGGACUACUUUGCAACUCUCCUAGCUGGUGUCAAUUCGGCCAACGCUCAAAUCUCUUCCACUUCCUCCUCCGAUGGCUCUUCAACAGUAGCAGGUCCAUCAUCGAACCGUAUCUACUUUACAAAAGAUAUCAAACCCGUCAUCUGGGUUCCUGGUGUUCUGGACGUCAAUCCAUUCGAUCUGCAGAACGAGGAAGAUGAAGACGAGGAUGAGGAUGAGGAGGAUGACGAAGACGAAGACGCUGCAGAUGUAACAGCAAACCUUGGAGAGCUUUCAUUGGCAAGUCAGCUGAGUGCGCGCAUCUCGGCAAGCAACCGUCCAACCGCUCCUGCAGCUGCUAUCGAGGACGUCAAUGUGUGGGAUGAGGAUGGUCGUCGAGCCUCUACUUCUUCCCAGCCGCCUACAAUACCGCAGUCCUCAGCAACAUUGGCCAUCUCAACAAGCCAAGUGGCUGCAGCAGCGGAGACUUGGGGAAAUCAAGUAGUGCAACAAGCAGCCGAAGCGCUGGCAGAACAAGGUGCUGCCCUCGUCCAUGUCGUUUCGGGUCCACUGCGGUUCCUCUGCCCAGUCUCGCGCGAAGUCGACCCUCUUGUCCCCCUCACUUUCCUACGCUCCUUUAUCGCUAUCCUCCAAGAAUACCUCACGCAAUCCACCGACCCAGCACUGCUCACAGAAGACACCCUCCGCGAUAACUUCGACAUCGUCUAUCAGCUCUUCGAAGAAAUCGUUGAUACCGAUGGCAACAUUCUCACUACCGAAGUCAAUAUGCUCAAGAGUCUAGUCCUGCCGCCAAAUUGGGUUGGGAAACUGGUCAAAGCAGUUGGCGCAUCAGGACUUGCCUCUGCCGCACCACCACCUCUGAUCUCGACGAUUCCGUGGAGGAGACCCAACUCAAAGUACACCAACAACGAGCUUUACGUUGAUCUUGUGGAGUCGUUAGAGGGGACUAUCUCGCGCACUGGUCAACCGGUGGCGCUGGAUGUAUGGGCUAGUGUCCAGUGCAAUGCCCGUUUGUCGGGAACACCGGAUCUCUCGCUUACUUUCAACCACUCUAACUUGGUGCAAGAUGAAAGCUUCCAUCCAUGCGUUCGAUACCGUGUCUGGCGCAAAGAGAAAAGGCUGUCGUUCGUUCCGCCAGAUGGCAACUUCGAGCUGGUCGCUUUCCGAGUCGGAGAGCCGUUCCUCGCACCCAGCACAGUAGAAGAGAAGAAGGUCGGAAAAGGUCCCACUAAUGGAUGGGAAAAGGCACUACCAGUUCAACUUUCGCACUGUAUCGAAGUGGAAAAAGGCUCCGGAACAGCCCUCAUCCAAAUCCAGGCAUCAGCAACAGUCUCAUCAUCCGGAAUCUCCUCUACCUCUCUCACCAACACUACCACUAGCGGGCUCGGUUCUCGAUCCAAAUCCGGCCCCGACCCUGCAGGAACACUAGAAGACGUAGUAAUCGCCUUUGGACUCGGACCUGGCGUUGCCUCUUUCGAGGUAACUAUCGGUGGUGGAACCGUUGCCACAUCCUCCAUUGCCUCAACUCCACUACACUCCGGAAUCACUCCGUCAGCAGGAGAUGUAUACGGGAACUACAUGUACGACCCAAACACAAAAAUCGUUCGUUGGACCAUUCCUAAGCUUUCACCCGCUCACCAGUCCAGGCCGAGCCUGAUGAAGGUCACUUGGACAACAAGCGAUACGCGAGCGCAACCAAGCCAUUCCUCUGGAAUCACGGUCAGCUGGAGUAAUCCGGCGGAAAGUUAUUCGGGUUUGAAGGUGGAUUCGAUUAAUGUGACUAAUACGAAUACGCACGGGUAUAGGCCGUUCAAGGGUGUAAGAGCGAUUUCUCGCGGGAAGAUCGUGUACCGAGUCUAA